AUGUGGAGUAAUUGUCGCUCGGAACUACCAGAAAAGUCCCCAGCCGUGGGGCAGAAGGUCAUGAAUUACGAUUCUCACCCUCAAAACGAAGUCUGGGCGAUGGCAUCAGCAUGUCUUGAAGUAGAGCUCGUUGCGCUCCACCCUUUCUGGGCAAUACUAGCAGUGCCUCCACGAAAACUCAGCGUCUGUCCUUGCCGGCAGCACCUCAGCCCCAUACUCAAUCUGACCGACUUUGGAUGCUACAAGAUGUCGGCUCAGCAAGCAGAUGUGAAUCCUGCGCCUACGGCGCCCAACGCCCAAUACGACUACGACAGUCUGGGUUCCAAGACAACUCACGAGGUCGAGGUUCCCCCCGAAUCGGAUGUAGCGGCCGCGCAAACCUUGAUGGCUCAAGAAAACCAGCGCAUGGAAGCAGCACUUGGUGAUGCUAUUUUGCGGUUUCUCAGGAUUCGAAAAGGCCGAGAUAAGGAAACGCAGGACGUCGAUGCAGUUGCCACACAACCGAGUAUCUGGGACUCUGAAAACGUUGAAGAGUACAAAGAAUUGUACAUCCAUCCGCAAUGGGAAAACCGCACUGCUUUUGACCCUACAUUUCGCUGGUCAUGGAGGGAGGAGAGCGCGGUGCGACGCAAGGUUGAUUGGAAGAUUAUGGCAAACCGAGGCAACAUUUCCAACGCUGUCUCAGAUAACAUGCUUGAAGAUCUUGGCCUCACUAAAAGUGACUAUAACAUUGGUCAAACUAUUUCUCGAGUCGGCUUCUUGGUUGCCGAACUACCAUCUCAGCUGAUAUCGAAACGUGCGACGUUCCAAGGCGGUUUCAUCCCCGAUACGAUCCUUUACUUAAGCUACUGGUACACUGGAAAAAGCCUUCCCAUAAGAUUGGCCUGGUUCUGGAUGUCUUCGCAACUAGUGGACAUCGGUGUCGGUUUCGCAGCUGUCGGUCUUCUAUCCAUGCGCGGAAUACUGGGAUAUGAAGGUUGGCGGUGGCUGUUCCUUAUCGAGGGCGCUUUCACUUUCUUGAUAGGAGUCGGUUCCUUCUUCCUCAUGCCUCAGUCUCCUGCGAGGACGAAGAGCUGGUGGAACUCCAAAGGCUACUUCAACGAGAAAGAAGAGAAGAUUAUUGUCAAUUCAGUCAUCCGAGAUGACCCUCAGAAAGGGGGCAUGUAUAAUCGACAAGGUCUUUCAGUCAGACAAAUUUGGGAAUGCUCGAAAGACUACGACAUGUGGCCGUUGUACGCCUUGGGUCUGUUGUUCGGACUGCCUAAGUACCCUGUCGGCCAGUAUUUGACGAUAUCUUUCCGAGGUCUGGGCUUCAGCGUCAUCCAGACCAACUUACUUUCCAUUCCGAACGUCGUUGGCUCCUGCAUAAUGAUGCUACUCAUUACCGCGUUCAGUGAGGCGGUGAACAACAGAAGCUUCGUCUCGAUGGCAGAGGAUGCUUGGUUGUUGCCCUGUUUUGCUGCUCUGAUCGCUUUGCCGGAUCCGAUUGGUUCCUGGGUGUAUUUCGCAAUUGCUACCGUGCUCCUGUCAUUCCCUUACACUCAUCCCAUCCAAGUUGCCUGGACAAGCCGGAAUGCGGGAUCUGUGCAAAAUAGAACAGUCUCCGCCUCGAUUUACAAUAUGUGGGUUCAAGUCAGUGGGAUGAUUGGGGCGAACAUCUAUCAACCUUCCGACUCGCCGCGUUAUUUCAAAGCGAACACGGGUCUACUGGUGAUCUGUGUCUGGAUGUGUCUCGUGCAAUAUCCCGGUACAUACUUCUACUACCGCUGGAGAAACAAUUGCAAGGCCAAGAGAUGGAAUAUCAUGACCCCAGACGAGCAAGACAAUUACAGAAAGACAACAACUGAUGAGGGCAAUAAAAGGCUCGACUUCCGUUUUGCAACCUGA